GCUCUGUUCUGUUUCUGUCUCUGUCAGCCACCUCACACCUCUCACCCCUCUACACCACCCCACAAUGGCAGCAGCAUCCCGCACCCUCGCGGCCCUCGCGCGCCGCCCCCAGGCGCUCGCCCCCGCCCUCCGCAACGCCCGCGGCCACGCCGUCGCUGUCGACCCGCACCCCGCUGCCCCAGUGCGCACUGCCACCGAGGGCGCCGUCCGCAGCGACUGGACGCGCGACGAGGUGCAGAAGAUCUUUGACGCACCCCUCAUGGAGACGAUUUACCGUGCUGCCUCGGUCCACCGCCUCAACCACGACCCGUCGCGUAUCCAGCUGUGCACGCUCAUGAACAUCAAGACCGGCGGAUGUACCGAGGACUGCAAGUACUGCUCCCAGUCGUCGUCGUACUCGACCCCGACCAAGGCCUCGCGCCUCGUCGACAUCGAGCCCGUGCUCAAGGCUGCGCGCGAGGCCAAGGCCAACGGCUCGACGCGUUUCUGCAUGGGCGCCGCGUGGCGUGACCUUGCUGGCAGGAAGAGUGGUUUCGAGAAGAUCCUGACCAUGGUCAAGGAGGUCCGCGCCAUGGACAUGGAGGUCUGCACCACCCUCGGCAUGCUCAGUCCCGACCAGGCCCGCCGCCUCAAGGAGGCCGGCCUGAGCGCCUACAACCACAACCUCGACACGUCGCGCGAGUUCUACCCCGAGGUCAUCACGACCCGCACCUACGACGAGCGCCUGACCACCAUCCAGGCCGUUCGUGAGGCUGGUAUUUCGGUCUGCUCGGGUGGUAUCCUCGGUCUCGGUGAGAAGGACGAGGACCGUGUCGGCCUUAUCUGGGAGGUUUCGCAGAUGGACGAGCACCCCGAGUCGUUCCCCGUCAACACCCUUGUCCCUAUCCCCGGUACCCCUCUUGAGGGCAACGACCCCGUUUCGCACCAGACCGUCCUCCGCACCAUUGCUACCGCCCGUAUCGUCCUCCCCAAGACCAUCAUCCGUCUCGCUGCCGGUCGCCACACGUUCAACGAAGCCGAGCAGGCUCUUGCGUUCAUGGCCGGCGCCAACGCCAUCUUCACCGGCGAGAACAUGCUUACGACCCCCUGCUCGCCAUGGGACGAGGACAAGGCCAUGCUCGGCCGCUGGGGCCUCCGCGGCAUGCGCUCGUUUGAGGACGGCGAGUCGACCGACGUGCCCUCGCAGCAGCCCGGCAAGCAGCCCGAGGCUACUGCCUAAGCGAGUGGUAUACGGACGUCAGCAGGACCAUAAAAUUAUCUAGAAGAUAGCAGGCAUGUAAAAGGGGUGGCACCCCGGUGUUAGAUGA